AUGAAAGGUCUAAAGAAGUUCCUCUUUCCCCUUGAUCAGCUAAAUGAACCAGGAGAGCGACUAGGGGAAGCAUUGAAACUAAAGGAGGCAAAGGGUAAAGAGAUAGAAAGUAUAGAGAAGACCCAACUCUUAUCUGAAAUUAUAGAUCCAGGGCGUAGAGCUGAGAGAAACAAAUCCAGGAACAAAGCAAACACUAAGGAUACUCAAGAGAUUGAGGAGAGCAAGAACAAGCUUAAACAGCUGUUCGUAAGUCCAGCUGUUCAGUACCAGAAGUUUACAUGGGAAGAGAUCAUGGAAGCAACCUCAUCCUUGUCAAAUGAGUUUAUAAUAGGGAUGGGUGCAUUUGGAACUGUCUACAAGUGCAAAUUGCACCACACGACCGUGGCAAUAAAGGUCCUUCAUUCCAAGGAUAGUGUCACAAACAAGCAAUUCGUUCAGGAGGUAGAAAUCUUGAGCACGAUUCGUCAUCCACACUUGCUGUUGUUACUUGGUGCUGUUCCAGAAGAGAGUUGCCUUAUAUAUGAGUACAUGGAUCAGGGUAGCCUAGAUGAUAGGUUGCUUCGGAAGACUGACAAGCCUCCUUUACCAUGGUAUGACAGGUUCAGGAUCUGCUAUGAAGUAGCAAGUGCUCUUGCCUUUCUCCACAGCACAAAGCCAAGACCUAUUAUUCAUCGAGACCUUAAACCAGCGAACAUCUUGCUUGACCACCACUUAGUUAGCAAGAUUGGUGAUGCUGGUCUCGGUACAAUGAUCAAUAUUGAACCUAACAAUCAAUCCUUGAAAACAAUAUACAAGGAAACUAGCCCAGUUGGAACACUUUGCUACAUUGAUCCCGAGUAUCAAAGGGCUGGAAGAGUUUCAACUAAAUCAGAUAUAUAUGCCUUAGGAGUGGUGAUCUUACAGUUGUUGACUGCAAAACCAGCAGUUGGGAUAGCCUAUAUGAUUGAGGAUGCUAUAGACGAAGGCACUUUGACAGAACUCUUGGAUCCAGAAGCCGGGGCAUGGCCUGAGAACGAAACACUUGAGUUGGCUCUUUUAGGACUGCAAUGUGCUGAGCUUAGGGGUAGAGAUAGACCUGAUUUGAGAGAGAAAGUUCUUCCUGCUUUGGAGAUAUUCAAAGAUGUAGCUGACAGAGCCAGGGAAUCAGCUUCGAACGCCCUAACAGAGACACCAGCACACUUUAUGUGCCCCAUUCUUAAGGAUUUCAUGGAGGACCCAUAUGUGGCAGCUGACGGGUACACAUACGACCGGAAGGCGAUAGAGAAGUGGCUCAUGGAAAGCGACAUGUCGCCUACUACUAACCAACCACUUCCUCACAAGUUUAUAAUGCCAAAUACCUCCCUGCUUGAGGCUAUUAAGCAAUGGAAGUCCAAAAAAUCGCCAAAUUAAUGCACUUAUUAGGGUGGAAACUAGCAUUUUCAUGCAUUGUCGUCUAUAAAUGUUUUAUGGAAAAGUGCAUUUUUAUGCAUUAUCGUCUCUAGAAUGUUUUAUGGAAGAGAUCAACAUUGUUAUGUAUGAAACUUUAGCAACUAUUACUAACUAGGACCACUGCUAUAGAAUUCUCUAUCUGGAUCUUACUAUCCAAUGAUUCACGAUUUGAAAGACCUAACAGAUCUGAUCCUAUGUAGAAUCCUAAGUUUGUAGAAUAUUCAAAUCAUAUUCAACUCAAAGAA